AUGCAGAUCCCAUUGCUUCGUUUACAAUGCGGCGUCAACAGCUACGACUGGGGUAAAGUUGGUCAAGAGUCGGCUGCAGCACGGUAUGCGGCCACCACUGCCGCCUCGGACUUUACGAUCGAGGCUGAAAAGCCAUAUGCAGAGCUAUGGAUGGGAACCCACCCGUCGCUGCCCUCAAAAGAUGUAGAGACCCAGCGUACUCUCCUCGACAUGGUCCAGGACAACCAGGCCUUGCUUUCCACCGAAGUGAGCGAACGCUAUGGCAGCCGACUUCCAUUCCUCUUCAAGGUUCUGUCCAUUCGCAAAGCUCUCAGCAUCCAGGCCCACCCCAAUAAGAAGCUAGCAGAGCAGCUGCACGCACGGGAUCCGAGGAACUACCCUGACGACAACCACAAGCCCGAAAUGACCAUCGCUAUCACUCCAUUCGAAGGUCUUUGCGGAUUCCGUCCGUUAGCGGAAAUCACCCACUUCUUACAAGCCAUCGAGCCUCUUCGCAAACUCGUGGGACAACAGGCGGCGAAUGACUUCGAGCAGAUUGUCAAGGGAAACGAAGAAUCCGAGGAUGAGGAUGUCAUGCAGCGCAACAAGGAUGCCUUGCGCACGAUCUUCACCUCUCUUAUGGAAUCAGCUCCUGAGAACAUCGAGGCAGCUUCAAACGAGCUGGUUGCUCUGGCAGAGAACUCUCCCGCAAGCUUCGGGACUCUGCCCGGCGACGUUGAGACCAACCCUGCUAACCCCAGACAGUUAGCCGAGAUCAUUACCCGUCUGAAUGGCCAGUUCCCUCACGACCUUGGCCUGUUUGUGUUCUUCUUCCUCAACUUCAUCACUCUAGAACCCGGCGAGGCUAUGUUCCUGAAGGCUGACGACAUCCAUGCUUAUGUUUCUGGCGACAUCAUCGAAUGCAUGGCUUCGUCAGACAAUGUCGUCCGGGCGGGUUUCACACCCAAGUUCAAGGAUAUCAGCACUCUCACUCAGAUGCUGACCUACUCUUAUGCCCCCAUUGAAGAGCAAAAGCUUCGGCCCAAGGACUACCCCUUCACAGUGUUGAACGCAACUGCUUAUUCGAGUGGAUCUUCAUCUUUGCUCUACGACCCUCCUAUCGAGGAGUUUAGUGUGGUCAAGACUGAUCUGAACCGAACGGGAGCUAAGGCUACCUUUGACGGUAUUGUCGGGCCCAGCAUUUUGAUCUGCACCCGGGGUUCCGGUAGCAUCACCGUCGGCCACAAGACAGAGGAGGUCAAGGAGGGCUAUGUCUUCUUCAUCGGAGCCGAUGCGGAAUGUGUCAUCCAAAACACUGGUAGUGGGGAGGGCGAGGACGAUGUCUUUACGACAUACAAAGCAUUCUGCGAGCUGACUGGUAAGGAGGAUAUGGUCAAUGGCCAUUAG